AUGGGGAGCGGACUCAGUAGCGCCACUAGCCGGAAGUGGUCGCAGCGUAAAGAGACUCCACCUCACGCAGAAUCAUCACGGGUGCUAUUCCUGUUGUACCUCAUUCACAGGACUUGGAAUGUGGUAGUUGAGCACGUCGACUCAAAAAGUGCCAGAUGGCGUGGAUCUCACACUGUUCCCAGUUCUGGGGAAGGCCUUGGUGGACGGUACGACUCCGUCAGUCUAGCGGACUCAGACCUAGGAUCGUGCUACUCAAACUGCAGUUGCAGCUACUGCCGUUUGAGAGAGUGCGCCCAGGAUUGUGUCAGGUAA